UCUGAACUUGAAUCGCUCAAGGCGUUAGCUAAAAGCACCAUUUCAGAAAUCGAGUACCCUCCUUCGGUGAAGAAGCAGCUGGAGGACAUUGCUGCCAACGUUGGAGAUCUCAUAGCGACGUUGUCUUGCAACCUCGAAGGAAAUCCUGAGCCGCAAAUUGCGUGGUUCAAGGACGACAAGGAGUUAAUCGUCUCAUCGUCGAAGUAUCAGGCGCGGUACUCUGACGGUCUUAGUGAACUGACCAUUAAGAACAUCGAAGAAUCGGACGCUGGUCGGUACAGUUGCCGAGCUACGAAUGAGCUCGGCUCCAUCACAACCAAAGCGAAUUUAACGGUUGGAAAGAGGAAAGCUGAGACUUCACCAGCUGAACUGUCAAUGAAGAAGAGCACUAAGAUCACAGUCGAAGAAGUGGAAGUCAACGACUCGCCUCCAACAUUCCAUCACAAGCUGACUGACUGCUCACUGAAACUUGGGGAACAGGCGAUUCUUUGUGUGACAAACACGACGCUUCCGGAGCCGUCGGUGGAAUGGUAUCAUAAUGGGGAUCGUAUUCGCGAAAGUGAUCCCGAUUACCUGCAAAAGCACGACAAGGGACGCUACGAGCUCACAAUCCUUAGCGUUUGUCUGAACGAUCAGGAACCAAUGCUGUAA